UCUGCCCUGACAAACCAUCCCACAUCUCUGCAAGACAGCACGACUCUGGUUGUUCCUUCCUCUCAGACAAGAUGCUGCCUCACAUGGCUCUCACCAGCAUGUCCUGGAUGCUGCUCUCCUGCCUGAUGCUCUUAUCUCAGGUGCAAGGGGAAGAUGCCAAGGAAGAUGUCCCCUCUUCACGAAUCAGCUGCCCCAAGGGCUCCCAAGCCUAUGGCUCCUAUUGCUACGCCUUGUUCAAGAUACCUAAAUCCUGGUUUGAUGCAGAUCUUGCCUGCCAGAAGAGGCCCUCAGGACACCUUGUGUCUGUGCUCAGUGGAUCUGAGGCUUCCUUUGUGUCCUCCAUGGUCAAAAGGAGUGCAAACAGUGGCCAAUAUGUGUGGAUUGGGCUCCAUGACCCAACACUGGGCCAAGAACCCAAUGGAGGCGGAUGGGAGUGGAGUAAUGCUGAUGUGAUGAAUUACCUCAACUGGGAGGUAGUUCCUUCCAGUACUUCAGGUGGUUACUGUGGCAGCCUGUCAAGAAACUCAGGAUAUCUGAAGUGGAGAGAUAAUUAUUGUGACUUGGAGUUACCCUAUGUCUGCAAGUUCAAAGCCUAGAAGACAGAGUUAGCACCCUGAGAUUAGUAUGUAGCUCACCACGAUCAAGAACACAAGUGUGAAGACAGAUACAAGAAGGGAACAUUCUCCAAUCCUAACCUCUAUCAAAUUUUCUCCUCUUCUGCCCUUUCUUUACUUUCAUCUGAGGCUCUUCUGUAUGA